AUCGUUCUGGUCCAUCCUGGUGGAUGUCUUCACAAGCAACUUUACCUACCAUCUCUAUUGUUUAUGUCGGUUCUUGUUUUGUUAAACAUUUGUUAAGGCUCCAACCGAGCCCGCUAUGAAUACAGAAUCUGAGAACGGGUUUGAAUAUUGUACAUUCUUUAAACACUUAUUGGUUGAGGAAGUAGCUCUAAAAAAAGAUUACUCAACUGUGCACUAUGGAAAGUGCGCAGUGAUUGGUCGACUGUCGAUGAACACCAAUCAGCUGCGGCUAGAAAACGUGCGCGUAAAAUAUUUUCCGGAAGAAUACCGAUUGCCCGAGGGCAGAGUAUCGCUUCCUCUUUUGGGUUUGACCAGAGACAAGGCCAACGAGCAAAACGUUACUGUCGGCUGCUACUGCAUUAUUCGCGGAGAAGUCAUCCUUGUCAACUCAUUGAAUGAAAAAGAACGCCCUCUUACAUCCAGAGGCGUUAAAGAGAACAUUAGAAUCCGAGGGCUCGAUGGAGUAGCCCAUAAACAUUACCUAGACGACUUGCAUCUGUCCCACGUUCCCGCCAUCGAUGUGUGGUUUGCGCAUCCUGUGGACGCUCCCGAGGAUCUGCUAGAACGAAAAUUAAGGGUCAGAACGUUUGCUGAGAUAUGAACACUCAUUACCUGACGACUUCGCGUACCAAUCCGCAGUUUUACAUAUUCAGGCAAACUUUUAGCGAGAAUCUCGAUUGGCAGAAUUACGAUUUAGAAACUGUUCAGCAGGCUGCCUGGCAGGAGUUUUGGGAACUCGAGGGUCAGGAACUAGUAGAGCAAAAGUGGCACAAACGUUUUCCCGAAUACAGGGAACAAAUCGAAGCUGUAAAUUCAGAAGAGCAAGCGCUUUGGCGCGAACUGUGGGAAAAACACGUAAAUAGUUUAAAUGCCAAAUUUUGGCACAUACUUUCCUGUGCUUUUGAAAACUAUCAGACCGAUUUGGCCAAAUCUUUUGGACAGCAAGUAACUUUUGGUGAUGUUGAGGAAGGUUUUGAAAACUUAAACGUAUCGGAAAAGGAAAGAAAGAAAAAAAAAAAGUCAAAGAAACUUAUAGAAAAAGUCGAUGAUGACACCCUUUCAGGAGUCAACGACUCCUUUUUAGAUUUUAACGAGGAGGAACAGCUCCAGUUAUUGGGGUUACCGACAUCCUUUGGAUCCCGGGGAAGAAAAAAAUUAGAAAAACUAAAAAAAGAUACAGAUUCUAGCAGUAACACGGAAGAAGAAGAAAAUCUAAUCAUGGAAAACGAAAGCGCCAACCAACUUCAUGGUGUGCAGAAAGGUCUGAUAUCAAAAAAGAAGCAGCGGAAGCUAAAUAAAAUAAAAAACCUUUCGGCUAAAAUGCCCGAUUUUAUGCGGGACGAAAACCACAGCAAAAUGAUAAAAUACUGGAUGAAGAGGUUCUCUCUGUUUUCACGCUUUGACCAAGGUAUUCGACUGGAUCGUGAGAGCUGGUUCUCAGUGACUCCCGAAAAAAUUGCAAAGCAGACUUCUCGUCGACUGGCCUGUGAUCUGAUUGUGGACGCCUUUUGCGGCUGCGGAGGAAAUGCCAUACAGUUCGCUAAUACUUGCGGACGGGUGAUUGCCAUUGAUAUCGAUGCGGAGAAGCUGUCGAUGGCAAAGCACAAUGCUUGUAUCUAUGGGGUUUCCCACAAGAUCGAGUUUAUCCAUGCUGAUUUCUUGCAGUUCGCCGUUAGCACAAAGUUACGCCCAGAUAUGGUUUUUCUUAGUCCUCCGUGGGGAGGCCCUGAUUACCAAAAACAGAGCACCUUCGACAUUGAACGAAAUUUGCUUCCCGUGGGAGCCACCCACUUGAUGAAACUUGCCCGUCAUCUUUCGAGCAAAGUAGGCUUUUUUUUGCCUCGAAAUUCGAAUAUGAGUCAGGUAAUUGCCUUAAGUGGACCUGGAGGGCAGUGCGAGGUGGAGCAUAAUUAUCUAGAUACGCGAAUGGUGGCUCUAACGGCAUACUAUGGUGAAGGAUUGGUAAAGGCUAAAUAGAUGUUCAUAAAUCAGAUAAUUGAAAUUCUAAAUUUUAUUUUUAUUAGCUUUAAAACUCCUUACAUUUAUACCUAAAAAGGAAAAAGUUUCUGUAAAUAAAGUAAGUAAGUAUAAGGUUUAUGGAAUAUUUGCGUAAUUUUUAAUAAACCAAAUUAAUCUACGUUGUCCUGCAAAUAGAAUACGUACAAUAUUUAUAAGGAAGCUGUGUAAAAUUAAUGAAAUCCUAAAACAAAUGUUAUUUUGUUGAAACUUUAUACGUCUAAUUAUAAAUAAAGUUUAUAACUACGCGAUUUA